AUGUCUGACUCCAUAGGUAUGUUUUCUGCUUCUCCUCCGCCAGCACCACUAACCCCAGAUCGUGUUUUCCGCAAGGCCAUCACUACGAUCCGUGCACUUUCGGCACGUUCAGCCCAUGGUCUGUUGCCACGCCCGCCCGCUGAAAACCGCAUCCGCCUUUACGGCCUCUAUAAACAAGCCACAGAGGGCGACGUUGUCCGGAUCAUGCCGCGGCCUGAAGGGUAUACGCUUGAUGAUGACGGCGCCCGCCGCAAGUGGGACGCGUGGAAACAGGAAGAAGGUCUUUCCCGGACCGAAGCAAAACGCCGCUACAUACUGUGUCUCAUUGAGACGAUGCGGGUGCAUGCUAGCGGCACGCCAGAGGCACGCGAGUUGCUAGCCGAGUUGGAGUACUUGUGGGACCAGAUCAAAAAUGCAGAAUACUCCGACGAGGAGCCUCGCUAUGCCUACAACCUGGCGUUGGACCAAAGCGACCGGCUUCUGACCGGCACGAUGCCGUGGCCCGGAAGUAGCUAUGCGGCGCUGGUGGCGCCUGCCGCCGCACGCAGCGUGGAACAGAUGUAUCUGCACUCGCGCCGAGCUCGGGCGCCCGAAGAUUGGCGCACCUGGCAGGGCGAGAUCAACAGCAUUGUGAGCAAGCUCAGCCGCGCGUAUGUGCCGCCUGGUCCUGGGCCGGCUGUGCUGGACUCUUUGCCGCUAGCCGGAGGGCUGUUUUCUGGGGGCCCGCUUACGUCAGGCGCCUUUUCCGGCCCGGGGACAGGCCCUGAAGAAGAUCCUCAGUCGGGUGACAAUGGUCGCUGGGUGACAGCGCGCCGUGUUCUGGCAUGCGUGGCGGUGGUAUUCCUUGCAUGGUGCUUGAAACGGAAUGUGCGUGUGGCGCUUCGGCGGGACAAGCCGGACGAGCUAGUUUUGCGGGUUGGCCUUCGCAACAACCGCUGGCUUGCGCGUGUGCUUUCUCGUGUAAACGGUGCAGCAAGGCUUGCGUAA